UUCAGUCCUCUUGUGUGAGAGAUAAAGAUAAAUAGAACACGGACACAAACAGAUGGAGAAGCAAUCUAAAGCUUAGAGAGAGAGAGAGAGAGAGAGAGAGAGAGAGCACGCAGAAGUUGAUUAAGGAUUUUAUUAGUAUUUAUUCAAACCGACCAUUUCAAUAUUUUCUUUCCAGAUCAUAGAGAGAUAUUAUAUAUAUAUAUAUAUAUAUAUAAUAAUAAUAACAAGAAUUAUAGAUAAAUAAGUGUAUUAAUUAGAUCCUGUUGUAUUAUUAGAAAUAUACUGAUUGUUGUAGUUUUCUUCUGUGUGAUUGAUAAAGUGAGAAGAGAGAAAGGGUAGAUUAGAUAAGAAUUUUUGUGAAACUUGGAGAAAAAUAAUCUAGGGAUUGAUGGUGUUGGGUUGUGGUGGAUUGUGUCGGUGGAGAAGGGGAUGGCAGCCAAGCGAAGAGGAAGGAACGUCCAAGAGUUGUAUAACGCGACGGAGAUAAUUGGGGAACCAAAGAUCACGUCAGUGUUGAGGGAGGGUCAUCGUAUGGAAGGGCCAUUAGACAAAACUCAGAAGAAGUAUAUGGAACCAUCACAGGCUGAAAAAGGAUUAGGCAAGCCUUCGAUGAGACGGAAGGUUCGUAUGAGAGCUGAGUCUGGGACUUGUAACGUGUGCUCCGCUCCUUGUUCAUCUUGUAUGCAUCUUAAGCUAGCCUGUAUGGGAUCAAAGGGUGAUGAGUUUUCUGAUGAAACCUGUCGUGUAACUGCAUCAAGUCAGUAUUCUAAUAAUGAUGGUGAUGGUAUAGUCUCUUUUAAAAGUAGAGCACGUGACAGCUUACAGCAUACCACUAGCGAAGCAAGCAACUUGCUCAGUGUCAGUUCAAGUCAUGACUCUCUGUCUGAAAAUGCGGAAAGUAAAGCAAACAUAAGGUCAACUGAUGCUGAUGCCUCAGCCGAGUCUCAGAUGCUUCCGAAAUUGUCCUCUGGUAGAGCUGUUGCCGAGGAUCAUUUUUCUCCAAAACCACAGUGUCUUUCAGAUCAGAAAACUCUCUCAAAGAAGCACGGGGAUCCUAAAUCUGAAGAGGGCCAAGAUGAUACCAUAUCAUGUGUUAGUAGAGCUAGUGAUGCAAGCAAAGUGGUUAGUUAUCCUAAGAAGAAUUUAGACAGGGAUAAUUUAUUGCGCAGUUCAGCUUUAGAAGUGGAAGGAUCUGGAAAGGCACUAGUUUCUCACAAUUCAGGCUCAUUGGAGACUCCUUCAAAUGAUGCUGAUGCUGGUAGUAGCUCACCAAAGGUCCAGACUAAGUGCCUUUCCUUGAAUGCAAAUGGUAAAUGUCUCGAUGAACAUCCAUCAUUACAUGACCAUGGAAAACCAUUUGAAUGCCCAAUGGAACAAGUUAACCUGUCAUUGUCAAAAGAAGCAGCAUCUAAUAUUGAUUGUGGUGGCAACUUGGCUGCACAUAACAAUGCAGAUAACCAUGCAAAUGGUAAAAGUACCAUUAAUGCUGAGAGUUCCAAGGUUUCAUGUAAAAUCUAUUCAAAAUUAGAACUGGAGGCUGACAAGGAUAGUGGAGACCAAUCAAAUGAGGGUUUUAAAGGUUCUGAGCAAGUUGGACGAGAAGAGAAGUUGAAUGAUUUGGAGGAGUUAACAGAUAUGCAGGAGAUUCAUUUGCAAUCUGCAUCCAUGGACGAGAGUGACGAGUCUGAAAUUCUGGAACAUGAUGUAAAAGUAUGUGAUAUUUGCGGGGAUGCAGGUCGAGAGGAUUUGCUUGCUAUAUGUAGUAGGUGCACUGACGGUGCAGAACACACCUAUUGUAUGCGAGACAUGCUUCAGAAAGUUCCUGAAGGUGAUUGGCUAUGUGAAGAAUGCAAGUUGGCUGAGGAAACUGAAAAUCAAAAGCCAGAUGCUGAGGAAAAAAGAAUGAAUAGUACACAAAGCUCUGGCAAGAGACAGGCAGAAACUAUAGAGCUGGUUCCAGUACCCAAAAGGCAGGCUACUGAAUCAAGCUUGGCAUCACCCAAGUCAUGCAGUCCUAGCAGAAUAGCUGCAUUAUCUCGGGAUACUUCAUUCAAGAGCUUAGAUAAGGGAAAAGUAAAGAUAGCUCAUCAAACUUAUUUUGGAAAUCGCUUAAGUAUUGAUAUUCGGGAAACUGCUCACCCUUCUCUGAAUGGUUCACGUGUUCAAACCCCCAAGGGUACCUUGUUGAAAUCCAACUCGUUCAACACCGUAAAUUCCAAACCGAAAGUGAAACUUGUCAAUGAAUUUCCUCAAAAGCACAAGGGGACCAGAGAGAGUUCUCUUGAUAUGAAGGAGAGGCCUGCUAGAAUGAUGAGUAAAUCUAUGUCAUUUAAAUCUGUGAACUCAGGCCGAUCUGUCACGAUUGAAUCAAAAGGUAAAAUGAUUUCAUCCAAAUAUUCUCACACUCAAGAUGCAAGAGGGUUAAAACAAGUGAAAGACCAGAAUGCAAUUGAUAGAAAAAACUUGUUGAGGCUGGAUCGCCCUUUAGGUAGCUCAAUGCCAAAUAGUGCUGUUUCAACACCUAAGGUUGAUCAAAGGAUCACUCCUCGUGGUGAAAGUGCCAUAGCAUCAUCCCCAAGCAUCAACAGAGAGUUGAAGUCCACACAGUCUGAUGGAAAAUUGGGUACCUUAUCAAGAUCAACUAGUGUGGGUCGUAAAAGUGCAGAUAUCCCAGGUACUUCAGUUCGAGUUUCAUCUACACAUGGAAUUAGCAGUUCUUCUGUGGAACAAAAAUCGAACCAAAUUAGCCCUAAAGAUGAACCAUCGUCCAGUUCCUGGAAUGCUGAGAGACAGCUCAAUAAUGCUAAUGAAAAUUUGCAAGAUGGCUUACCUCAAUCACGGGAAUCAUCAAAUCAAGGUGAAAAGGUUAGGGAAAGUUCUGUCAGUCACUUGAGGCCUGCUGGUACCACUGGGUUGAAAAUUGUCACUUGUCAAAAGUGCAAGGAAGUCGGUCAUGCUACAGAAAAUUGCACUGUUGUUAGUCCUAUGGCCUCUGGUACUGAUUUACCUAUUUCUAGAACUGCCAGAGAGGGGAUGAGCAAAGGUAGUAAAUUGAAAGCUGCAAUUGAGGUUGCUAUGCUUAAGAGGCCUGGAAUAUACAGAAAGAAAAAAGAAAGUGAUCAAUCUGAUGGGGUAUCCUUGCUAAAUGUGGAUGCAAGUAGCGAGAUUCAAGAUCAGUUCUCAGUUUUAAAUAAGAUGAAUGAAGGAACACUUGAAAGGCAAGCAAAUCAUGGUGCUUCUUCCUCUGAGUUCAGCAAAUCAACAAAUAUUAAUAACGUGAAGCAGCUUAAUGAGCACUCCACUGAUACUGUUUAUCCUUCCAAGGUGGGGCAAUUGGAUUUCAUUGCCCCAUAUUUGGGAAAGCCUGCACAUACUUCAGUGGAGAAGUCUGUCCUUAUGAAGAUGUCUGCCAUCCCAGAGCAUGAAUAUAUCUGGCAGGGGGUGCUUGAAGUGCAUAGAUCUGAAAAAUUUAUCGACUUAUAUGGUGGAAUUCAAGCACAUCUAUCGACUUGUGCAUCACCUAAAGUCCAUGACAUGGUCAACAAGUUUCCCCAGAAUAUUAACUUGGAUGAAGUACCUCGCUUAAGCACAUGGCCAAGACAAUUCCACAUCAGUGGUGCUAAAGAGGAAAAUAUUGCACUUUACUUCUUUGCCAAGGAUUUUGAAAGUUACGAGAACUACAAGGGAUUGUUGGACAACAUGAUUAAAAAGGAUCUGGCCCUGAAAGGAUCAUUUGGUGGUGUUGAAUUCUUCAUAUUCCCAUCCACUCAGCUUCCAGAGAACUCCCAGCGUUGGAACAUGUUGUAUUUCUUGUGGGGAGUGUUCAGGGGAAGGAGAUCUGAAUCAAAUUCAUUUAAGAAGUUAGUUAUUCCCAGUUUGAAUGUGGUGCCCAGGGACAAAGACAUUCCUGCUGCAGUCUUGUCUUCACCUGAGAAUCUCUGCCCAUCUGAAUGUAUUGUUAAAGAAACAUCUGCAUGUGACAGUUCUUGUGAUGUGCCUCUUACAUCAAAUGCUCCUGAAAAGCCAUGUGUGUCCUUAAACAGGAAUUCUGAUAACAAAGUAUUUAAUUCACAAACGAUCCAAGAGAGUCAAGAUGGGAAGCUUGACUCCAAAUCCGUGCCAAAGAUUCCAGGAAGCAAUACCCCAUGGUGCCCAGAAGUUAGACGCAGCAGUUCUUCCCUGGAAGAAGUUGGUCAUCCUGAGUGCAGUAUGGAUGUGGAGUUUAAAUCUUGUGCUGAGGUAACUGGAACUAAUUCUAGCUCUGAUGUGGUGGAGAUACAAAUGCAUGAAGGUACUUCAUGUUUUGGAGAAGGUAUGCCAUCUCUCAAGAUUUUUGGUGUUGGUAGUCAAGAUUCAGGUGGCAGGACGACUUUUGGUGAGGAAAAAAUAGUUGAUAGAACAUACUGUGAUAGAAAUAAUGUUAAAGUUGAAACGGACUUGAAUGAAGAGAAUGUGAAUCUGGAUGUGGAGGCUUCUUCAGAGAAAACCCCAAGGAAACGACCAUAUAUUGAUCUGUCAGAGACUGCACCACUGACUUCGAGUAGCGUGACUCAUAAAGCUCUGUGGAAUAAGGCAGAUAAUAACAAGUUAGUAGAUGGAGAGAGUAUUAGGAAGAAGCUCAAGACGGGUUUCAGGGAACUAUAUGGGGGUAGUGGUUCAAGAGAUGGAAAUUCUUUGAGUGGUAGUUUUACUUCUCAGACAUGUGAUUUGGGUUCCAGCUCCUCAAUUGAGGAGAAGAGCUAUGACAAAGCAUCUGAUGAAAAAGUUAUCUUGGAGGACCUAGGAACUAGUGAAAGGUUCUUCUUUCCUGUGGAUUCACAUCGUGUCAAGGAUAUUUGGUUGCCUGGUAACUCCAUGCCCUGGAACUCAUCAAAUGAUGAGGAUAAAGUUCAUGAUGGGAUUCCAAAUCUCGAGCUUGCCUUGGGGGCUGAGACAAAAUCCCCUAAUAAGGGAAUCCUGCCUUUCUUCGGAUUGGUAGAGAAAAAUGAUAACCAGAACAAGCCCCCAGACAAGGUGUUGAAUAAGGAAGAAGACGAUGGCGUCUCUGCUUCCCUCUCCCUUUCCCUCUCAUUCCCAUUUCCAGACAAGGAACAAACUGUUAAACCUGUUUCAAAAACAGAGCAGCUUGUGCCUGAAAGGCGUCAUGUGAAUACUUCACUGCUCCUUUUUGGGGACCUUUCAGAUAAAUAGAGCUAUGGCGACUCGCCAUAUGUAUAGUGCCCUGCAUGGAUGUGGUGAAUGUGUCCAAUCACACACUCGAAGGUCUUCCGUGGGCUUUAUAGGGAAAUCAAUUCCAUCUGUUCAUAAACCCACACAGGAGUUACUAAUAAUUUUUCCUCUUUACUUUUCUGUUAGCUCUUGUCUGGAGUGCAGAGUCACGGCUGUUUUGUAUAUAAAGAGAUUUUUAAGCCGGCACAGUUUUAAAAAUGCCAUGAGAUAUUUGCAACCUCAUGAUUUUUCUGACUUACUA